AUGUCCUCCCCAAAGCUCAUCCUCUACACCAACCGUCUCUGCCCAUGGGCCCACCGCGCACACAUCGCGCUCAAGGAGACCGGCCUCGAGUACGAGGAGGUCACAAUCGACCUGAACACCCCGCGCGAGCCGUGGUACCUUGAGAUCAACCCCCGCGGUCUCGUCCCGAGUCUUUCCUACAACGGGGAAAUAAUCACCGAAUCCGGCAUCGUCGCCCAAUUCAUCGCCGACGCGCACCCAUCCCACCUCCUCCCCCCCUUCCUCCCCAGCUACAAACGCCCUCUACCGCGCACCAAGGUCGUCCCGCACUUCUUCGCUAGUCUGCGUGCUGCCAAUGACGCCGAGCGCGAUGCCGCCGCCGAGCAACUGGUCGCUGCUAUUGUGAAGGAGAUUGAGCCCCUGCUGGCGGAUACGGAGGGUCGCGGUCCAUUCUUUGGUGGAAGUGAGAAGUUGACUUUGGCGGAGGUUCAGUCUGGAUCUUUCUUGCUAAGGAUUCUGGGUUUCGCGAAGCCGGAGCAUGGCCUUGUUUCAAGCAAGUUUACUGCUUUGCUUGAGCAGACUCCGAGGUUUAAGCGCUGGGCUGAGGCGACUGUUGCGCAUGAGAGUGUUAACUUUAUCUGGGAUGAGAAGGCUAAUGCUGAUAAGAUGAGGGCUAAAUUUGCGCCUAAGAUUUAG